CUGUUUCAUGCAUCCUCUCAUCCUGCGGGCUGUGUUCCACAAUGGCCUGGACCCCAUUACCUCGUCCAGAUGAACGUUUCAGGACGAGGCCAAAGGCUGUCAGCAAGAGCCCUGGCGUGCUGGAUACGUGGACACCAAAGCCAAAGGUGAAAAUCGCCCCUGCGGUGCUGGAAGCCUUGCCCGACCCGCCAGCGGCAGCUCUUCCAGUCUCCAGUGCAUCGGCCAGACUUCGAGCAGCAUUGGAAUAUGAAGAUGCAGAGGCUGCGGAGGUGAAAAGCUUCCUGAGGGCGAAUGGUUUUCAUCAAUAUGUCGCAGCGUUCAUGGAAAACGGCUUCGACUGCAUGGAAGUGGUCGAGGAGAUGGAGGAGAGGCACAUGAAGGACCUGGGAAUGAAGCCAGGUCACAUCAUCAAGCUAAAGUUGAGGCUGGCAUCGUCUCGGGGGGAGGCUCCAAGCAGUGCUGGUGGUACCCCGCAGCGGCAGUCUCUGAUCCCGGAGGUGGGUGCAGCUGCUUCACCGCUUGUAUUGCCAUUGCCUGCCACGAAGCCAGCUGCUGCCACCAGUGCAGCAUCUAGCCCAGGCGCCUCCUUGCUCCAUGGUCAGCUGGAUGAAGAGGCAGAAGCGAUUGCCUUCCAAGAAGCGGUCGCGGCCUGGAGAAACGCAGGCCAGCCAAAGAUGACCAGAGAUGAGCAGAUCAUGGAACAGCCUGGUAGAGCUGAGACCACCACUGUGCCUUCAGCGCCAGCUGCCGUAAAGAAGUGCUGCUAUCAAUGCUUCAGAGCCUUGGGCGCUUGGGUACACCCGUCCCAUCGCACAGAUGCCACAGUUGCAACACGGCCUUUGCCGCACAUGUUUCGGCCAGCGCGACUCUACCUACUACAAUCCAGGGUUGUCUGCUCUCAUUGGUUGUCUUCCCUCAUUGGAUAUCUCAGCAACAACGCCGGACUUGGGUCAAAAAGAUAGGCCCAUGCCGUCCGGAACAUGUCCUCAAGGGCGGAUGGGCAAGGUGCCAUUUGAUCAACUUGCUUGGUGGUUGAUGUUCUUCCUGGGCUCUGGACUUGGGCGACCUUGCAUCUAAGGACAAUAUUUGGAGUCGCAUCUUGGAUGGCAUUGGCUGGGCCCAUCUCACGAAAGCCUCGUUCAUAUUCCUGCGGCGUGGAUCCAUGUGAGGCGCGAAGAUGCCCAAAGUGGUCCCAGCUUCUGCUCGGAGAAAUGUGCAGAACAACAUGCAGAUGGUCUCCGACGGAAGGAAGAAUUUAAGCAACAACAGUUAAACAAAUUUAAAACCGAUGAAUAAAA